GCGCACGCAGGCCCCUGUGCCGCCCUCGUUCUCGCCGAUAUGUGCACCCAAACGAAACGAUCUGUGAUAUAGUUUUAAGUUAUAUAGAAUUGAGUUAAUGAACACAGUGACGGACAAGCGAGGCAAAUAAAAUAUUUUAAAAUUGGAUUUUGAUUGCGCACCACAAUACAGGAUUUUGUAGAAUGAUGACUCACGAAGCCAAGUUAUAUUGCCUCAUUGUGCUAGUGAUUGCCCCGACUUUACAAUGCAUUUCGGUGGUCGGGCCGCGGGUGCUGCGCCCCUUCAGCUCGUACACCGCGGCUGUGGCAGGGGGCUCCCGCGCGUACACCUUGUAUGUGGCGGUGGAGGGACGGAGGGACAACGGCCAGCAGUUCACGCAUGGGCAGGAGGUGCAGGUCCCGCCGGCCACCUCCAGAAAUAUUCAGUUCGAUAUUAGUGACCCUGGGCCAGGGGUGUACUCCCUGGUGGCCCGCUCGACCUCCGGGCCGCAGUUCUCGUCCUUCGCACCGCUGGUCUACCAGCGCCGCAGCUUCUGUGUCUUCAUGCAGACCGACAAGCGCGUCUACAAGCCUGGUGACGUCGUCAACAUAAGAGUCGUCGCUCUGAACAAAUACCUGCUACCCUUGAGUGGAACGGUGGACGUGAGCGUGCUGGACAGUGGAGGUUCGGCAGUCCAGCAGUGGCCUGCCGUGGACCUGGACCGGGGAGUGUUCGCCAGUCAGCUGAAGCUCAGUGAUGAACCGGCCCUCGGAGAGUGGACUAUACAGGUGGAGGCGCGUGGGCAGACGUACUUGCGUCAGAUCCUGGUGGCCGACUAUGUCAUGCCGAAGUUCCAGAUGGACAUGAAGAUUCCCAAGGAAUUGCUCUUUAGCGAGGGGCGCUUCCUCGUCAAUGUUACAGCUAAGCAUUUCAACGGUCUGCCAGUGCGAGGAGAAUUAACAUUAUCCGCAUACGCCGUCUUUUUCUCUGGAUUGCUGCAACCUGUGUUUUCAUCUCCAGCGAGGAAAGUGGUCAAAUUUGACGGCAGCGCCGAGGUGGUUUACGACCUCAAAACCGACCUUGACCUGGCAGAAGACGCAGCGCGGCCGUUGGUGAUCGAAGCCAUCUUGGAGGAAAAAGACACGCUCGUGAGGCAAAACGUAUCCUCAAGGAUACUGCUUCUGCGUACUCCGUAUCGACUGAAAGUGUCGGCGCCUGAUUACUUCAAACCUAAUUUGCCGUACAAUGUUCAGAUAGAAGUAGCGGAUUCAUUCGGGCAGGUGUUGAAUGAAGACGGAGACGUGACGGUGGAGCGCCUGUGGGACGACGGCGCUCCCCCCAACACCACAACUGUCUCUCUUCGCAAAGGUCUCGCAACCUACUCGCUUACACCAGACGACGCACAUGCAGGGUCUACGCUCAACUUGCUGAUAAAGUACAAGGAAGCAUCGGAAAGAGUUGUACAAGUGACAAGUGGCAAGGACUCGGGAGGGCAAUACCUCACGGUGGAGGUUCUAACUCGGGACACCGCAGUGGGCGACGAGCUGCGAGCCAGGAUCACAUCCACUGAGCCUAUGGAUCUCGUCCAUUACUUGGUCAUCGGUCGAGGCGACAUUCUCGUCGCAAGGACUUUGGAGUUGAGUCCAGCCCGUGUGAGCGUGGAUGUCUCAGCAGCAGUGUCGCGCGACAUGUCGCCGGGCUGCGUGGUUCUGGCGUGGCGACCGCGCCUCGACGACUCAGUGCUGGCGGCGGCAGUGUUCGCGCCUCAGCAUAAACUGCUGCAGCACAAAGUAUCCGUGCUCCCGCCGACAGCUACGAGCUUCCGUCCCAAGAGCCUGAUGUCGUUGACAGUACAAGGGUCGAGCGGCGCAAAUGUGGGCGUGCUGGCCGCUGAUUCUGACGCCAUCGCAGCCGGCGUCGCGGGCAAGGACGGGCUCGGCAGCGGAAUCGACAUGCACACGAUCGAACGAGAAGUAGAGAGUUUCAGCGGUCUGAAGCAUGCCUUGUUCAAAAACGAAGACCAUUUGCCAGGCGUGGGAAUAGAUCUCGGAGGAUACGCGCCAGGAGACGUGUUCAAAAAUGCAGGUGUGGUUAUACUGACUGAUGGACUGAUUAUCGAAAAUAACAAAAAUGUGGCUGUGGACUCGGAGCCAGAGACAGCUACUCGUCCACCGCUGGCAGGGCCGUAUGCUUUUAGCAGACUGCCGCCACCACCCUCCCCGCGGUACUACCUCACUGUGACCCCGCAAGACACUUGGGCUUUCUCCAACUUAACUCUCGAUUUCGACGGCACAGGAUCCAUCGAGCGUCGUACUCCGACAACAUCUAUAGACCUAACUGUGGGAGCCUUCGCAGUCGACCCCAAUCUCGGACUUGGACUAGCUUCACCACAGAAAUUCCAAGUCCAAGUCCCACUGUCCAUCUCCGCUGAACUGCCCGAGACAAUGCAGCGAGGAGAGACUCUGGCUGCUGUAGUGAUUCUGAAGAGUACUCUCACGGUAGACACAUCACUCGAAGUAACUUUCUACAACUCCGAUCAAUAUUUCGAGUUUGAACCACUGGAUAAUGACAUCGAUUCAGCUAAAAAAAUCGAGUUGUUCAAGCGUCUGCGCGUGACAAUCCCGGCCCGAAGCUCGGCCAGCACCGCGUUCCUGGUGACGGCCGUGCGCGCGGGCUCCGCUUCCGUGCUCAUCGAGGCCAGCGGCACCGGCGUCUCCGACUCCUUGUCCCGCACCAUCGAUGUCAAGGAUGGCUAUGAAGAAACUGUCUGGUCGUGGGAACUUCUUGAUGCGAGACGAGGAAUUGCACGUGCCAACGCCACUUUGGAACCGAAGGCGGGCACAAAACUGGGACCAGCGUUGUUGCAAGCUGGAGGUGACAUUUUGGCGGCCGUGUUGAAUGACCCGAGCGAACGUGAAUUGGGAUUCGAUCCCAUGCCCGCUGCGUCGCCACCGCACGCUCUCAGGCCUUUAGCGAAAGCGUGUAUAUUGCUGGAUUAUUUACAGGCAACCCAAAGAGACGACCUUCCCAUUGCUAACGACGCUCGUGCUCAGGUCAACGUGGGCUUCCAGCGGAUCAUGGCGUACCGCCAGAAAGAUGGCUCAUUCGGAUCUUUUAGCGACAACGAAGAUGGCGGAGACGUUUACAUGACAGCGUUGGCGGGUCGCUGGUUGUCGCGCUGCAGCCGCCACGUGCCGGCCGCGCCGACGGCGGGCGCCGCCGCCGCGCGCUGGCUGGCGACGCAACAGCUGCCCCAUGGUGGGUGGGACCCCACACCGACCCAUCUGCGGACAGACCCUCGAGCUCAAGCUGCUAUGCCCAUCGCUGCUCAUGCGCUGCUGGCAUUAACACAAGCUAGGAGUGGUGAAAUACUGUACAGAAGCAAUGUCGAUAAUGCCGCUGAGUACCUAUCGCAAGGCCUGUCUCCAUCUUUAGAUGCAUAUACACUAGCGGUGACCGCACAUGCCUUGGCUGUCGCACAGCAUCCGCAAGCCAAACUUGCACUGCAAAUGAUGGACCAGUACGUCAAUAGCUCAGGAUCAACAUUAUUCUGGUCUCGGAAGCUAUCAGGAUCAGAAUGGCGCAAUCCGUGGCUGCGCAGCAACACGCUGGAAGCUAACACCGCGGCGCACGGGCUGCAGGCUCUGAUCCUGGCCCGCCUCGACGAGCAGGCCACCUCCGUGGUCAGGGCUCUGCUGCAAGCGGCGCGCCCGGCCGACCCGGACCCCGACGUGGUGGAUGCAUUAGCGACAUAUGCUGAGAUGGAGAAAACAUCGACAAAGCUACGAAUAUCUGUGAACGUGACAGGAUCCGAGGAAACCAGGCAAUUCCAAAUUAUGGAUAACAAUGCCUUCAUUAUACAGAACCAACAGAUCCGCACCGGGCGGUCAGCAAGCGGCGUGACGGAAGGCCGGGGUCUGGCGGUGCUGGGGCUGUGGGCGCGCGGGAGCACUAACGUGACCGCCGCGUGGCCGCGCUACACACUCGACCCUAGAGUCGACCAGGUCUCCACCACUUAUAGGCUGCAGCUCUCUAUCUGCAUCGGGUUCGUGCCACAAGGCAAUGAGACGGAAAGUGGCCUUACACUACUCACAGUUCAGUUGCCAACCGGAUACUUAGCAGAUAUAAACACGUUAACGGAAUUAACGGCGGCUCGUCACGUGACGUGGGCGCGGCUGCAGCGCGGCGGCGCGCGCGUUCAGGCGUGGCUGCGCGCCGCGCGCGCCGAGCGCUGCGCCACGCUGGCUGCGCCGCGCCGCCUGCCCGCGGCCCGCCAGCGCCCCGCCUGGGCCACGCUCGAGGACCUCUACGACUCCAGUCACCGCGCACGCGUGUUUUACCAGCCGCUAGCAAGCAGCGCGUGCGAAGUGUGCCGCGAGUGGGCGUCGUGCGCGCGCGCGUGCGGCGCGACCGCGUCCCAGCGCGCCGACGCGCCCGGACAGACGCCGGGCGGACGCCCCUCGCCCGACCACGCCGCACAGCCGCACUUCUCAUCCACACUUAUUGUUAUCACCGUCGCAUUGUCUUUACUCAUGCGAUAGCGAACAGAUGAUCUGUUUCUAGGACAGGCAAAAAGAAUUGCAUCGUGCGCGAUAAAUACAUUUACUUAUCCUUUCGAUUUGUUUUAUAAUAUAGGCAUUUAGCUCGAACAAGUUUUCAAAGAUUUCGUUUCAAAUAAGUAGGAUCCUUGUACUCAUUUUUAGAAUGUAAUCUAUAUUAUAAGUGUCUUAUGUACAUAAAUUGAUAAAUAAACAGUUCGUGAGCCAGCAUUGUUAAAGCAACAGUGGUAUCUUUCCGCCUGAACUAGGAACUACCUCUACAUAAUGUUUAUAAUAGGCUUGACAUUGUUUUAUAUGUAUAAUACGGCAAAAAUAAAAAUAGAAAUUUUAGUUAAUUAGAUACUUAAUAGGUGUUAAUUAGAUACUUAAUUAAAAAGGUGCCUAAUUCGUACGUAAUAUAUGAAAUAAAGAGGUUACAAGCCUAAAUUGUAUAAAAUUAUUGUGAAAGGACCAAACAUGUUUAAUAAAAAAAUAACUAAUAGUCCAAAUUAAAGGACCUUGCCACAAUAUCAUAGCAUCAUUACAAUGAAAUAAUAAACUAAUGUGAUAUAAUAUUAGUAUAUACGAAGACGCCUGAAUAAAAAACAUAAUUGAUUUUAGGCCAGUUUAUAAAGUGUAAAUAAUAUUACAGUAUUAAUACAUUAGAUAUUUGACAAA